AUGUCGGACGCGGAUCGCGAACGAUUCGCCGAUUUGGUCGCCGAACUGGAGACGGCGUCCGCCGAAGCGGUGAAAGCCAUCGAAAAAGUGACGGAUCGGCUCGAGGACACGAAAAAUGACAAAGAAGUGCGGAAAAUUCAGGAAGCUUUGCGAAAAAACAACAAAAACAAUUUGUUUGCAGGGUCUAUCACUUCUGAAGCUCAAAAACUACGAAAUGACGGCCUAUUUGGGCGAAUUGACGGUUCUGAUGUCGAAAAUGAUGAAAGGAGAGUCGAUUGUGACGGAAUCGUCCGUCAAACGGGCUCUCAAGCAUAGAGUGGUCAGUUUUUGCGGAAAAUUUGAAACAAAUUGAAUUUCCAUCAAUCUAUUCUCCGAAUUCCUCAAUUCCAGUUUAUCGAGAAAAUGAAGCCGAUCGAAGACAAAAUGAAGCCGCAAAUUGAGAAAUUAUUGAGUAAAUCGGCCGAUUCGAAUGGAUCAAACGGAGUCGGAAAAGGCGGAAAUUUGAGAGUUCGGCUCGAAAAUAUGGACGUGGACGGAAGCGAAAAUGAGGAAGAAAACGGAGAAUCCGAAGGCGAAGAGGGAAAAACGACGAAGGAGGUCAAGAAGUACGUGGCACCCAGGAUCCGGGCUGUCCGAUAUGAAGGUACCUGUUUUUUUUUUCGUUAAUUUAGUGUAGCCUGUAUAUUGGCCUGAAAAACCCCAACAACGAAUGGUUCUGAAACUGCAUUUUUCUUUAAUUAUGAAAUGUUUGUAGACGAAGAAGAAGCGCCGUCGAAACAAGUGGAAAAGGCGAAAAGACGGGCGAUGCAGAGCAGUCUCAUCAUGGAACUCAAGAAUCAGUACAGCGAUGCGCCCGAGGAAAUUCGUGUAAAUAUUCGAGAUUUGUUUGAAAAAAAUCUACUCAAAUUCAAUGCAACUUAACGCAAUUUGGAGAAUUCAAGGAAAUUUAGUCAGAAUUUGACUUUGAGAACUUCUUUUUAUAUUGCUUGUGUAUCGCAAAACACCUAACGCUUAGGUGAAAAAAUUGUGAAACCGAAAAAAACAUUGAAUUUUGUGCAGGAGAUGAGCGAGAAAAAGUACCAAUACGAUCGGGAACGCGAAAAAUACGAGGAGGAGAAUUUCACGCGAAUUCGGCUGAACAAGGAGCAGAAGAGGCGAUCGGAGCAGUUGGGAAAGGCGGAGACGCUCGACGAUCUGCUCACGUUCGGAGACUACAUGAUGAGGGGCGAGGACGGACGCGCGCUCACCCAGCAGAAGAAUCGGUAGGCACAGAAGAGGAGAAGUAAACGAACAGACAUAUACCACUCAAGAUUCUUCUAAAAGGACCAGCGAACCCUCGGAGUUUAUGUGUCUAUCAUCUGUCCGUAAAUGUGGCAAUAAGAGGCAAUUCAGACAGACACCAAAACUCGCCGGGUUCCCUGGUCAUUUAAUAGGAAUAAUGACAAGAAUCUAGCGUUCUCAAAAGGCUAGUUCUAUUAAAAAUAUACUUUUUCAUUAAAAUAGCAGUUUGGGGGUGUUAAGUAGAAUCUAGCGAGUUAAAAAUAGCGCCCCUGAGAAGCAGCAUAGCCGAAUUUUCCCUCAUUAUGCGUUUCUUUGUUUUCAGAAAGCGCUCGGCGUCUUCGGGAGCCGGCACAACUACGAAACGGCACAAAAAAUCGCAAAAAGAGCGAAAAAAGGCGGCGAAGGGAAAGAAGGAGGGCAGGAAGAGGGCGAUUCGCAGAAGACAGUGA